AUGCAGAGAAACCAGUCUGAAAUAACCGAGUUUAUCCUUCUGGGAUUUGGGGAACUUCAUCAUCUUAAAUUCUUCCUGGUCCUGGCAUUUUUACUGAUCUACAUUUUGACCAUGGUCUCCAAUUUCCUCACCAUUCUUCUAAUACUGACUGAUCAGCACUUGCACACACCCAUGUAUUUCUUCCUGGGGAACUUGUCCUGCUUGGAGAUGAUGUACAGUUCAACUAUUCUGCCCAAGAUGCUAUCUGCUCUUGUGACAGAGGACAAAGCUAUUUCCAUUAAGGGUUGCUUUACGCAGUUUUAUUUUGGCUCCUUUUUGGUUUGUACAGAAUGCUAUCUCCUCUCUGUGAUGUCUUAUGAUCGUUUCUUAGCAAUAUGCAAACCUUUACAUUAUGCAACACUGAUGAAUGGUAAGGUCUGUGUCCAGUUAGCAGGGAGCUCUUGGAUCAAUAGCAUUGCAGUCAUCUCUAUAUAUUUGGGCUUGAUGUUACAACUACGGUACUGCGGACACAAUGAAAUAGAUCAUUUCUUUUGUGAAGCUCUGCCACUGGUAAAACUAUCCUGCAGUGAUACAUUUCUUGUGAAACUUGUCACCUUUGCUGUGGCAUUUAUAAUCACUUUCCCUCCUUUUAUUUCAACCUUGGUCUCCUAUAUAUAUAUUAUUGCUGCCAUCCUGAGGAUCCCUUCCACCACUGGGAGACAAAAGGCUUUUUCCACCUGCUCUUCCCACCUGAUUGUUGUCUCUAUAUUCUAUGGGGCCAUAUUUAUCGUCUAUCUGAUACCAAAAACUGACAGUGUGAGAUAUUUCAAUAAAAUAUUUUCUCUUUUGUACACAGUCCUGCCCCCUUUACUUAACCCCCUCAUAUAUAGCCUGAGGAAUAAAGAUGUAAAGGAUGCAAUGAGAAAGGCUGCUGGGAAGAUUUUGAAAGUGAAAUGCAUGCAUCAGAAAUUCAAAAUUUAA